AGACAGGAGCCGUAACUCUACUGACAGUUCACGAUUUUCCUAAUUUGGCAGCAAACAAUAAUUUGUAAUACGUUUGCUUUACUGGAAAAUUUAACGAGCACGUGCUGUACCCUUUAGUUUUACAAAUGUCUUUAAAGAAGGAGACCCCAUCUGAUCAGCAGCUUCACCUGGCAGCUCUGCAGGGCAACCUUGAUCAGUUGAAGAAAGUCCUGGACUCUGGCAAGGUCCAUGUGGACUGCAAAGACAAGGAAGGGACAACGCCUCUCAUUCUGGCUGCAGCCAACAACCACAUUGAGUGUGUCAAGGAACUGCUGAAGAAUGGAGCUGACGGUGGUGCAAGAAGGCUGACGGGUACAUGUGCGUUAUUCUUCGCAGCUCAAGGGGGCUUCCUGGACAUAGUGCGACUGUUGAUUGACCAUUCUGUGCCUGUUGACAUACCUAGCUAUGAUGGGGGUACGCCCGUGUUCGUGGCGUGUCAGUGCAAUCACCUUGAUGUGGUGAAGGAGCUCCUGGACAGGGGUGCAGACAUCAACACACAGAUGGUGGACGGGGCUACACCCCUGUUCAUCACUGCACAGAAUGGCCACUACCAGCUGCUGUCCUACCUCGUGAAACAGGGCGCAGAGAUCGAUGCCAAGCGCAAGGACAAUGCCACUCCACUAUGGAUAGCUGCCCAGAUGGGUCAUCUGAAUAUAGUCAGAGAGCUGCUGGCAAGUGGGGCUAAUGUGGACAUCGUCAGAGAAGACGGCGCUACCCCGCUGUUUAAAGCAUGUCACAAGGGGCAUCUAGAAGUGGCGGAGGAAUUGCUGAAAAAGGGUGCUACUUUGGGACUUUUGAAGAACGGUGAAACAGCAUUGCAUGCAGCAGCGCUGUUUGGUCACAUGAAGUUGACACGCCUACUCAUGUCCUAUGGUGCAGACAAGACAAUCAAAAACAAGGAGGGUCAGACACCAUCAGAGCUGGCGAGAGAUGCUGGGUAUGACUACAUUGCAAAGUACAUCGAGAGUUACACACCCCAGAUGAAUGGCAAGGCGGAGGGACACUCAUGAUGGCAAUGUCUGUCUGCAUAAUGUGAUACUUUUAUCUUCCCAUCAUCUGUGUUCACAGAUAUAUAUGAUACAUGUUGCUUUCAUGUUAUGGUGUCCAGAGUUUUCUUUUGCGUCCAUGCUUUUGUUUACAAAUCAAAAAAUCUUGCUAGGAUGUUACAUUGACCCAAAGGUUGUUUUUUUAAUUUAAAUUGUAAAUUGUUUAACUUUGUAUUAGUUAAAGCAACAAUCUGAAGCUUUUUUUUUUUCAUUUUUGAAACAAAAUAUAUUAGUAAUAUUUUAUAAUUCUUUCUAACACAUGUUUUUUCCUGGUAAAAGCAUGUGAGUUCAUAUAUUUAUUUGAUGAGAUUAAGUGGGAAGAACAUUAAUUCAUUUACUUCUCAAAUAAUAUAUGUAAUACAUAUUGUUUUCUAGAAAACAAUGUUUUGCUUACAUUGGUAUUACUGUAAAUUAAAAAAAAAAUGUAAGGAAAAGGAUGUAUAAUUCAAGAAACCUAGGUUUUCCUCUUUUUAUUUUAUAUGACUUGUUCAUGUGCAUUAUUUGGGUAUAUUUUUUCAUUAUUGCUAUUUAAUAUAAGUAUUUUGUUUCACAAGGAAAAUUCUAGAUUUGAACCGAAAUAAAUCAUCUUCAUAAUAUUAAUCAUAAUGCUUUAACUAUUAUGGGCUUAAAAUUAUAGCAGUCAGAUUAAAUAAUUACUGUCUGAGAUGAGACUUUUCACUUGCACUUCAUGAUUUAUAUUUACGUGAUUUUCUUCAUGCCUUUGUCUAUUUAAGUUUAGGAUGAUAAUAUUGAGAACCUGACUUGUAUGAAAAAUGCCAAAGUCAUGAAAAGUCAUGAAAAUGGUACAGAUGCAUUUUUUGCCAAAUGAUAUCAUUUCUUGCUUGUGCAUAAUUUUCUAUUUUUGUUGUUGUCAUAUGUUAAAGGGUGCCAUGAAUAAGAAAAAUAAUUUGUUAUAUUUUUUUUACAACUUUAAUUAGUUUUACAGCACAUUUAUGCAAGUAUUUGUACAUGUUAACGGAAAAAUCAACAAUGCAGUAUGAUUUUGUCUUGCUGGUUGCUUGGUUGAAAGGAACUUUUAUGUUUGAUGCCAGUUAUAUGCAGAACUGUUUGGAUUUAUUCUUUUAGUUGAUGAUUUUUUCUACGCAAAUAUGUGUUUGAUUCAAAUAAGUUGUAAUAGUACAGAACAUGUUUAUGUCAAUAUGAGUACAGUCAAACCUGAAUUCAGCGGUCAGUCAAGGGAAAUGAUCAAAGUGACCGUUGUCCACAGGUGACCGUUGAAUUCGGAUCACAAUUUUAAGAAGGUUGGUCAGUUGGUAGUAUUACUACGUUGUUACCCCACCCAGUCGUUUGCAUACAGUGUAAAACAAAUGCUCAUUGCAUUAACAAAGCAUAAUAACAGCAUUAACUUACGCGUGUACAUUGAAUAAUAGAGAAUAAUAUCUUUUAGAUUGAUUUAAUUUCAUAAUGUUAAAUUAAACAAUGACUUUAUCAACGCUGGUAUAAUUGUUUUCUCAUGCAUCUCAUUCAUUCAGUAAAUAAAGCUUGUCACGGUCCGAUGACGUCACGUCCGUAAAAGUCUAAAAGGCGGAGUCGGUGUCAUAAACUGAUAGUAUGGUGUAAUUGUACCGUUCUAAUUCAAAGAAAUAGCGGUCAUUUAAUUUAGCGAUAAUUACUUUCAACAAGUCAUAAACUCUGAUAAAUUUUCUUUAGAAGAUACACCCUGAAUUAUCCCCGGAAAAGAAACCUUCUCAACACCUUGUAAUUUGUUUACUCGCAGCGGGCCGCUUUUAUAAUAUCAUAGACAAUUACCGCUUUCAGACGCUUUAAAUGUUGCAAAUCAGUCCAUAUUUUGCCAUUAAAGCUGAUCAUGAAUCCUCUUAUCGCUUUCUUAUCAAAACACUCGCCAGCUUAAUGUUGUUUUAACACUUUAUCAGCGAUACAGAUCAAUUGACUUUGUCACGCGCUAAUGCGUUAUGCAUGCAGACGAUAAUUGCUAUUAAUACACAUUGUUAUUGUUAAUGUCACCUGUUUAAAGUGAUAUUAUGGGCGUCUAACAGUUUAUAGCUGGCUAUCGCAACCGUUGUUUAUUUUUGGUAUUUUCACUACAUAUACAAUGUACACUUAUUUUUGUUAAUUCAGCAUCAACAUACUAAAACACUAUCCCGGAGAGAGAAAAAAAUGCAUUUCAAUAUCAACCGUCUUUUCGUUAAACAACUGAUCAUGCAUGUACGAUGUGAACCUAAAUUUAGUUUUAGUGCAGAUUCGUUCAUACGACAGAAAGACACAAUUUUGUUUUACGGAUCAUUUCGGCUUAGAGGAGUGGGUGAGUUAUGUAAAAUAACGAAUAUAAAAUAUAUUUUUAAUAAACAACUUGUAGCAAAAUGAGUUGCAGACAAUUGGUCUUUUAAAUCAAUCAAAAUGAAAAUUCAAUAAUAAUGGUGAUUCAGAAACAAUUUUACAUACCGGUCAUGGAUGCACAAAUUGUUUGUUUACUUGCAGCAGGCCGCUUUUAUAAUAUCAAAGACAAUUACCGCUAUCAGACGCUUUUACCGCAAAAUAGACGGACACAUGAUGUGCUGUGUUUUUAAUUUUCGCGACUCGAGACGACUGACGCGUGACCGUUGAAAUCAGGUCAAACAUGAAUUUCGAAGUGGAAUGUAGUGGCCGUUGGCCGUUAUGGACAGGUGGCCGUUGAAUUCAAGUGUAAUAUAGAGUGUUUUUCGUCGGGGGGAUUCCAGACUGACCGUUGUCUGCAGGUGACCGGUAAAUUCAGGUGGCCGUUAGGUCAGUUUCGACUGUAUGUAUUUUUUUAGAAGUGAACGUUUGUGUUUAAAGAGCGAGUGUUAUGUUGUUAUAUGUCCUAUGUAACUUAUUACAGAGAAAAAACAAGUUAGAAUUGUUAUCAUUAUUGAGCAAUGGUUAAUUGUAUUUUUAGUGAUUUGCUGUCAUUUGUUUGCGUGUUUCAAAUACCAUUAGAUGAAAAUAAAUCUUUUGUAGCAUUAUUGUAUGGGGAAUAGACAUUAGAACUUUUUACACAGUUAUUUGCAUGAAGUUUUGGAAUUGUUUGCAUCACUUGCCACACGUGGUCAUGUGCAAUACAAUGGGGAUUCACAGAGAAACCUGCAUAACUCAGGUGUAGAUACUUACCUUGGUAGGUUUGUAUGAAAGUAUAGUUCGGUGUGCCAUUUUUGCAUGGCAAAAUAUGAUCAUGUUUUUUAGGAUCAGAAGAUUUAUAAAACAUAGCCUAUAUCAUGAAUUUUAAAAUGUUAAUAAGUCUUUUGCAUUCACAGAAUUAAAGGCAUGUGGAGAAUGCAGUUUUAAUUUUGUCUAUGUUGAAGAGGUACAUAUAUUCAAAAUCUUAAUGCAUUUGCAGUUAUAAAGCAAUACUUUACAAAGAUUGUUGUAAGUUGUAAGGGUUAUUUUGCUUGAAUACAAAUAUUGUAUACUUUGUGGGAGAGGGGGUGUUAAAGCCAGUUCGCCUUUUUAAGGAAGUGGUCCCAUAUGUUACCUAUAGUUGUGCAGGGUUUAACUAAGGGGUUAAAAGUCUUGUUUUUUAAGUUAUUUAAACCCCAAAGUUGCAUUUAAUUAUAUUUAAUAGCAGCUGAGUAACUUGUUGUAAUUAAUCUGUUUUUAAGUUGAAAUAUUCAUGGACUUAUAUAUCCAUGUUUGCAUGUUAGGUGUUGCUACUCCGUUUUAUAUGUGAUUUAGGAUUUUGUUUUCGUCUUAAAUCAUGUUGUUACUUUAGAGAGUUGUAUUGACCUUCAGUUACUUAGCUGUUUUCGUCGUAUUGUUGUAUAAUUAAAGUGUUUUAAAUUUCAUUUAAGGCAUGCAUUUAAUAGUGUUAAUGGGGGUUGUUUUGUUUGCAUUUUUGUUGUCCCAUACAUAAUGGGAUGCAUUAAACAUUGCACUUGUCUAUACGUAUGUAUGUGGAGGUACAUCAGUCGUGUUCUGAGAAAACUGGGCAUAAUGCAUGUGCUUAAAGUGUCAUCCCAGAUUAGCCUGUGCAGACCGCACAGGCUAAUCAGGGACGACACUUUCCGCCUAAACUUGAUUUUCGAUAAGAAGGGGCUUCCUUAAAACUAAAAAUACCAUAAAAGCAGAAAGUGUCGUCCCUGAUUAGCCUGUGCAGACUGCACAGGCUAAUCUGAGACAACACUUUACACACACGCAGUUUUCUCAGAACAUGACUCAUAUGUACUUAAGCUUGUGUUUCCAACUCUUCGUUAAGUUCUGGCUGGAUCUCGCUAAAACUUUCACAGUUGAAACAUCCUUAUGUGUAGAUGAUCUAAAAAGGAAUUUUGACAGCAAUAAGUGUUGGAAGAAUUACAGCCCUUUUUCUGUUUUUCCCACUUUUGAAAAUAUAACACACAAUUUUGUGAUUUCAACUUCUCUUUAACUACUUGGUUGAUCCUGCUGAAACUUUCAGUGUUGAAUGACCUUUAUGUCCAGAUGAUCUGUACAAAAAAAUUGGUGAGACAAGUUUGAGCCAAAUCAUUUUCACACUAUAAAAAAUAAAGUCCCAAAAGUGUGUAUUAUUAAAUCCUAAUUGAAUACUGGUGGAAUUUCUCUCAAUUUUUCACUGUUAAAGCCACACACCUUAUUUGGCGUAGUAAAUUUAAGUUUAAAUAAGAAACAUAUUUUAUCUAUGCCAAUUAGAAUAUAUCUGGUGGUUACAAGGUAGAAAUCGGUCUAUUUUGCGUUUUAAAACUUAAAAAUAAUCGCGUUUGUCAAAAUGGACAUAUACGUCUAAAAAUCCUACUUUCUGUUUAAAAGCGAUACCGUUUGAAAAGUAAUAAAUUACUUGCUAACAAGGCUAUAGAUUUAUUUUCAUCUAUGCCAAUUAGAAUAUAUCUUGUGCUUACAAGGUAGAAAUCCGUCUUUUUUGCACUUUAGAACUUAAAAAUAAUCGCGUUUGUCGAAAUGAAUGGACGUAUACAUCUAGAAAUCCUACUUUCGGGUUUAAAAAUGGUACCGUUUGAAAAAUAAUAACUCACUUGAUAACUAGGCUAUAGAUUUAAUGACAAUUUUGCAAGCUUUCAAAUUGCAUCUAUAUGAAUUGAUGAACAUGUAUUUCAUUUUGGGUUAGAGGCAAGGUGUAUGGCUUUAAGUGACUUCAAGGUUGCCUAAAAAAAGUUUGACUGUGACAAGUUUUGGCUGAAUUAUGGCCCUUUUUUUUUUCGUCCACUGCAGAAUAUAUGAGUUGCAUUCUGAGAAAAUUGGGCAUAAUGCAUGUGCGUAAAGUGUCGUCCCAGAUUAACCUGUGCAAUCAGGGACAACACUCUCCACUUGUAUGGUAUUUUUGGUAUAAAGAAUGUCUCUUUUUACCCAAAAUCCAGUUCUUAGCAAAAAUCCAAACUGCACAGGCUAAUCUGGGUACACACAUGUAUUUUGCCCAGUUUUCUCAGAACGCGACUCAUAUAUUGGAUUUGUCAGUGUCCAAACAUGCAUUGUAGGGGCAUUAUUUUUUAGCGUUAAAGAAUUUGUUGCGAGUUGAACAUAAACUUACAGCAACAUGGUUUUGUUGUGUUUUGCCAGCUUAUUUUUCAGAGAGUAUUUAUAUUAUGUAAAUAGACUGUGUUAAAAGCUGUCUUCCUAGUUUGUACUCAAAUUUCAUUUGGUUCUAAAAGAAAAAGGUUUAAGUAUUUGAUUUUGAAGUUUAGAAUACAUACCUUCAAUUAAGUGGUAACGGGUAUUUUAUUUAUUGCAGUAAUGUUGAUGACUGAUGGGUGUGAUUGGAUGUAAAUUCUUCUUUUAUGAAAGUAUGACUUGUCCUAUGUGGAUAAGUUUUUAUUUUAACCCAUUAGAAUUAACAGGCUAAGAUGUUUGAUUAACUAGUCAUAUUUUAAGUACCAGCUUUUGGUCCCAUGGUGUUUAAUAUGACAAUAUGAUUGUGGUAAUCAGUUAUCAUGCGAUAUCAUUGUGUCAUUCUUUAUUGAUGUUUUGAUUGUGAAACAUUUGUGUUUCAUAAUACUAAUGUCAAACAUUUACACUCUAAUGUAAAUCAGCUGUGUUCAAUUUUACAGAGGAUUACAAUGGGUACAUGUACAGUUAUUUUAUGAUUUUAGGAUUUUGAGGUUGCAACUUUUAACGUUUAACAUAUAUGUAUACGUGCACUGACUUUGAUACUCCACAAGCGUGAUAUAAGGCUGACUUUUUUGGACAGUUAAUUUUGCAAUGUUCAGUAUUUGUUAUAAUUAUUUUCUUCAUCACUAACUGAAGUUUUCAGCAUUUUUGUACAGAGUGCUGUCCAUAAAGGAUUGUUUUUAGCCACGUGAUUUGAUAUUACUAUCUUUGCAUUUUGUUACUGUUAUGGCUAUAUAAUUUAUGUAUUUAAUAGUAGUAUCAUAGGUAGAAUACUAUUUAUCCAUAGCUUUAUGUAUAGUUUUAUUAUUUUAUAAUCAUUUGAGAGUUUUGCUUGUUGUGUAAUUUGUAGUUAUCUUUUUAACCAGAUAGGAGAAGUAGAACGUUGUAUUCAGAAAAUCCACUUUAUAAUCUGCCCAUUCAUUGAGUUUUAAUUUUCAAUGUUCUUUGUGCAUGGUUAAGUGUAAAUCAUGUUCAACUGACAACACUGUAUGAUUUAGAAUGUUUAUUGCUCAUUUUAUUGUUUUUCAAGCAUAUAAUAUAAUUUUUCAUAAAAAAAGAUCAAUAGAUUUAUUACAGAAUAAUGAUGAUGAGCUGCAUUAUACAACAAGGGUUUGAAAGACUAGAAAAAACGGAGUAGAUUUUGUCAUACGCAUUGAAUUGAUUAGAAGAGUUCUCAUGUUCUUGCCCAAGAAGAAGCUAAGGUUGGAAGAAGUAUCUCUACUUCAGUGUAGUCUUGUUAUAACAACAUGUAAUUAUAAACUCUGUGGGUGCUUGAAAAAUUAAUAAACUCUUGAUAAUCAACAUGAUAUUUCAAUUACUUCUGGUUUCGUGAUUAAUGAGAUUUUUAUGACAAAAAUUGUAUGGACUUUUCAUUGUUUAAUAAUUGACUGAUAGAAACGUGUUAUUAUACAAAUGUGUGCACUAAUAAUUUCAUUCUCAGUUGUUUCAGAUAAUAACCGGUUUAAGAAUCAAUUUAGUUAUGGGACCAGUGCCUCGAUAUAUUUUAUAACCAAAAAAAAUGAAAAUCAAAGUUUAACCCAUUCAUGCCUAGCGUCUAGACAAAAAAUGAUGCGGCGUCUCAUCAGGGUCUGCGGUGUUUGCUUAAAGGUAUUUCUGUAAGAAAUAUUCUAAAUAUAGAAAUAAAUACUAGUAUACUUGUCAUCCAUAAUUUUGGAAAUAAAUUGAUCCAAUUUAGAAGGAUGGGAGAGUCCACUAGGCAUAAAUGGGUUAAACAGUACAUGAUUCUAAUCCGGGUUUUUAGCUCACCUGAUUGCUCAUGUGAGCUUUUGGGAUCGGUCUUUGUCCGUCAUACGUCCGUCCGUCGUUCGUCCGUCCACAUUUAGUUGAAAACACUAUAGAGGCCACAUUUUUUGUGCGAUCUUCAUGAAACUUGGUCAGAAGAUUUGUCCCAAUGAUAUCUCAAUCAAGUUCGAAACUGGGUCAUUCGUGGUCAAAAACUAGGUCACUAGGUCAAAAAAAAGAAAAAUCUUGUAAGCAAUGUAGAAGUCACAUUUCAUGCCCAAUCUUCAUGUUACUUGUCAAAAUGUUUGUCUUCAUGAUAUGUUGGUUGAGUUUAAAAGUGGUUCCGGUCCAUUGAAAAACAUGGCCGCCAGUGGGCGGGGCAGUUUUCCUUAUUUGGCUAAAGAGAAACCUGAUAAAUGCUCUGGAAGUCACAAUUUUUGCCCAAUCAUCAUAAAGCUUGGUCAAAACAUUGGUUUUAUUGAUAUCACAGACAAGUUCGAAAAUGGUCCAGAUUGGUGAAAAUACAUGGCCUCCAAGAGGCGGAGCAGCUUUCGCUAUAUGUAUAUAGUGAAAACAUGUCAACAAACUAUAUGUCACAUUUUUGGUCCAAUCUUCAAGAAAUUUGGUCAGAACAUUUCUUUCCUAGAUACGGGAGUUAAGUUCGAAAAUGGUUCUGGUCCGUUGAAAAACAUGACUGCGAAGGGAAGGGGGCAGAUUUCCUUAUAUUUAUAUAGUAAAAAAGGCUUGCGAACAGUCAAGAAGUCACAUUUUUUACCCAAUCAUCAUGAAACUUGGUCAAAACAUUUGUUUUAUUAAUAUCUCGGACAAGUUUGAAAAUGGUCCAGAUCGGUGAAAAAACAUGGCCACCAGUGGGUUGGGCAGUUUUCUCUAUAUGUAUUUCAGUAUAUGGAGAUUCAGUGAUUUUUUUUUGCUAAAAAUUACCGCCGAUUUUCGGCUGAUUCCCAAUUAUAAAAUUCAACGUUUUUUUUCCCAAAAAGCUGACCAAAUCUUCCCCAAAAGCCCAAUUUCCCCAAAAAAAAAAAAAAAAAAAAAAUUUUUUUUUUUUAAGAAAGAAGUCUCAUAUGGCUUUUGAUUUCUUAAUUCUAGAUCCCAAUUUUUUAUUUAAACAUCCUACAAAAUAUAUAACUUUAAUUUAGUCCUGUUUGUCAAUAAAUAAUUCCCAACUUGCCGCUUUUAUCAAUUAAAACAAUCCCAAUUUGACCAGACUCCUUUUCUCAAAAUGGCUAGAAAAAACCCUGAACAUGCACUUAAUAACAAUUUUAAUUCUGUUACUUAUAAUCAUAUUUAUAUUUCUUAAUUUUUCCCAUUUGUAUGGUUAAUCGCACUAUUUUUCCCAAUAUCAUGGUUUAUCGCGCUAAUUUUCCCAAUUCAAAUGGUACAGGCUGUAACAUUGAAUUUAGUCAGAACAUUUUUCCUUAUAUGACUAUAGAGAAACCUUGUGAACACUCUAGAGGUCAUAUUUUUUGCUUAAUCAUCAUGAAACUAAGUCAAUACAUUGGUUUUAUUGAUAUCUGGGAAAAGUUGGGAAAUGGCUCAGAUGGGUGAAAAAAAAACACUUUUUAGCUCACCUGAUUGCUCAGGUGAGGUGUUAGGGUUGGUCUUUGUCCCCUGUCCGUCCGUCUGUCCACUGGUUUGUAAACACUCUAGCAUUCACAUUUCUCAAGCAUUCUUAAUCAAAGUUGCUGAGAAGCUAUAUGGCCACAAGAUCUCAGUCAAGUUUGAUAAUGAGCAAAAUCGCAUAAUAAAUGACAAAAUUAUUGCCCUUAGAUUGUCAAAAUUUUCAUUAUAUUAUACAAAAUCCCUGAAAACACACUAGAGGUCACAAUUGUGUUUCAGAUUCUAUGAAUCUUGGUCAGAAUAUUAAUUUUUGCAAAGGUUGAUGUUUGGUCAUGAGGGGUCAAAAUAUAGGUCACCAGGUCAAAUCUUACAAAAACCUUGUAAACACUCCAUACGCCAGAGUUUUGGCUCAUUAAUGAUGAAACUUGACCAGGAUGUUUGUCUGGACAAUAUCUAGGUCAGGUUUGACAUUUGGUAAAAAUUGAAUGUACAGACUCCUCUUAGGUGAGCGAACUAGGGCCAUCUUGGCCCUCUUGUUUAAGUUGAUACACUAGGUUUUAAAUUUGGCAUUUUACAAAUCCUGGGACAAGUUGCUGUUUCUGUUGUUGCCAGCUUAUUUGCAUCACUGAAUAAGUCCUUUGCAUGCUUGGAAAUUUGUCGUCUUCUAAAAUUAGCAUUUUCUUCGAUUUUUUUCAAAGAAUACUAUCAAAAUAGCAAACAGUUUGAAUCCUGAUGAGAUUCUAAGUUCUGUGGCGUCUCAUCUGGAUCCAAACUGUUUGUUUGCAAAGGCCUUCAAAAUUCGGUUCCAGCACUGAAAGAGUUAGACAAUAUGCAAUGUGUGUGAUGUAUUGUGUGAUCCAGUGGCCUAAAUGUGUGUUCAUUAGCUGCUUAAUCAUAAUCAUGGACAGUGUCAAAUACUUGUGAUAUGCCUAAUGUACUAACGAUUUAAAGAAAUAAAUCGAAAUAAACAAUGAAAUAAUGUU